UGUCUGCAGUUGAUUUGUGCGUCUCUGAAGAUUUUCCUUACCGUUCAUACUCCAUGCCAACAAACACUUACAAUUAACACGCGAAAUUCGAGCAGUAGCACACGUGGUGAUGUCAUUACGUAAAUUAAAACACCAACGCUGUUGACGGGAAUUAGUCUUCCUGUUUUUCCUCAGUUUCUCCACACGAUAGUUGGGACAGUACCUUAAACUAGGCCACGACCGUCUCCUCCCGAAUCCCUUUCAAUUAAUCAUUCGCAACAAGUCCUAUUAUUCGAAUCUAUACAACCACUGUAGUUGUAACAUCGUCAUUAAAUAAGUCAAGAAUCGAUUAGCAAAUACGAGCUGUUCAGUCUGUCCAAGUGUCAGGAGAAAAAAAAAUAAAUUUACCCCCGCGAAGGAGCCCCCGAAGCUAGGAGCGUGUGCCACAUUGUAAAAAUGUUGCAACCUGUGACGUCAUUAUGAGUGCCGUGUGAAGAAGAAUCAGCGCAUAUGCCACUCUAGCGCUCAACAUCUGCGCGCAAUAUAUAUAAUACGCACGGUUCAUGUACGCCGUUUUACACAAUGCCAGUGUGAGCGCGGGCGAGAAGGCUGAAGGUCACUGGACCACAGCGACUCUACUGCGCAGACGCGUCCAUCCAGCGGUUCGCUGUGCGGAAUCCAGGAAGGAAGCAGAUACCCUACCUCUUAACUACAGGCUGUGAAUAACAUAAAGUAUUUACCAGAGGAGAUGGCUUAUGCAUAUCUGUGUGUAAUAUUUAUAUUUGGAAUCAUUCAGUGUGGCUCCACUAGCGAUGAUCCUUCACUUCAGAUCUCAGAAGAGGAUCUGAGAAUAGAAAUUGGUGGUGAAUGGGAUUUAGACAUAUAUAUUUCGCAGGAGAAUGUGAGUGGCUAUAUAAAUAUCUCCAUCAAUAACGGAGACUUAAUUGAAACAAAUAAACAAGUCAUCCACAUAGACCCUUUUGUUCAGAGCUGGAAUGUCACAGUGUCUGCAGUAGAUGCUGGACACGCAGUUAUCAACUUCAGUCUCGUAAAUUCUUUGGAUAACAGAACACUGGAUGCAAAAUUUGUAAGAGUGACUGUAGAACAUGAUGAUGCCAUUUUCCACGCGAGCGCUGUAAUUGGUUGGAUCUACUUUGUGGCCUGGUCGAUAUCCUUCUAUCCGCAGAUAUAUGAAAACUGGAAGAGAAAAAGUGUUGUGGGACUUAAUUUUGACUUCUUGUCAUUAAAUAUUGUUGGAUUUGUGUUAUAUUCCCUUUUCAACUGUGGUCUCUAUUGGAUUACAGAAAUAGAGGAGGAAUAUAUGCGCAGGUAUCCGACAGGAUUGAAUCCUGUUCAAGUUAAUGACGUUGUGUUCUCUCUUCAUGCCUCUGUUGCUACUGUGAUCACCAUUAUUCAGUGCUUUGUAUAUGAGCGCGGAAGUCAAAGAGUGUCGUGGACAGCGCGAGGAUUUCACGUGCUUUUUGCUGCAGUUGUGGCUGUUUCCUUGAUACUAGCAUGGGCAGAAGUUAUUAAAUGGCUCGAUUUCUUGACAUACUGUUCUUACGUGAAACUCGCCAUCACACUAAUCAAAUAUAUACCACAGGCCUACAUGAACUACAAAAGGAAAAGUACAGUGGGGUGGAGUAUAGGCAACAUCUUUCUUGAUUUUACUGGUGGAAUUCUCAGUAUGCUGCAGAUGAUCCUCAAUGCCCACAACUACAAUGAUUGGGAAUCAAUAUUUGGUGAUCCAACCAAAUUUGGACUGGGCUUGUUCUCUGUUGUGUUUGAUAUAUUUUUCAUCAUUCAACACUACAUUCUAUACAGGGGUCUUGGAUCUUACAUAGAAAUCAGUGGAGAAAAUAAUCCUGGAUCUUCAGAUGCAUUUCUGUCAGAACCUAUUUUUGCAUAACACUGGACUUUCACAGAUUUCAGCACAAUUUUUGUGCUGUUGGUGGACAUCGACUAUCAGCUCAGACUACUGCGGUAAUUUGAGCAUAAAAAGCUUGAAAAAAGUUACUGAUAUUUAUUGUGUGUCAGUCUUGGGGUACAAUGGAAAUGGAACGAACAUGUGUGCUGGUUUUGUGAAUCCUGAAUUAAAAGUGACACUAACUGUGAGAACAAAAAAUUGAUUCAUAACAGACACAUCUUUUUCAUUUGUUUCAAUUCAAAGUGAAAUAGACCACUAUAGAUACAGUAUUAUGUGAAUAAGUUUUAAGGUUGCAUGAUGUGUUGACAUUAGGGUUUGGUUUAUUUUUGAGGCUUCAAAGUGAAUUAAGUGAUGGCGCUGUAGCUCAUAGCAUGUCCAGUGAAGAACAUUAUUCACCUACCUCAUAGACAACAUGUGUGCUAUAAUUCAGUUGUCAUUUGCACAAAAAUGACCCUACGGUAUAGUUUCCUAGUCAUGGUACGUAUGUCGGAAACUCAGUCCAUAAUUCAGGUUGUCAUGCCAAACAGAAAUUCAUCUAGUCAGUAAACUUCACGAAAUAGGACUUUUAGGGCGAUGCAGUGAGUGCCCAGUGUUGAUAUUUUCAACAAAUUAUUCCUCGUAUAUCUCAAUAAAUAUAAAAUUACCAGAAACCAAAAUUAUUGAGAAUAUUUAUCAUUGUAACUUCAGUGGAGUGGCUGAGAUUUAAGAAUAAUGUGUUAGAAUGUAAAUGUUGGCUCAAGGAAAUAUGUUGGAGACCAGGACGGUUUCUAACAGGAACUUGUAAUUGGUGAAAUAUUUCUUCAAAGUGGUGGCUUACAAUGGAAAUGUAGAUUUUAUACAGCUGAAGGCAGCCAUAAAGUUGUCGCAGUACAAGGACAGGAAUGUCCUGUUUGAAAAGUAGUCUUUCUUUGCCUGCUUUUGGGUUGCGGGAUUCUCCCAAUCAGGCUUCAGUCUUCCACACAGGCGGUACGCGUAGCCGAGGUAGCUCAGUCAGCGUAAUGUCUGACAAAAUACUGAGGUUUGAUCUCAGGCACAGUAAAGGUUUCUACUUGUGUCCAGACCGGCUCUGGAGCCCACCCAGCCUGCUAUCCAGUGGGUACUGGAGGUCCUUUGACCCUACGAUAAAGCAUGGUCAGGCCAUGACACUGACCAUUCACCUCAUCUACUGCCAAGGUCAAGAAUGAAUAGGAGCUAUACCUCCUCUCCCCCAAGCACUUGGUAUGUAGUGGGUUGGCUGUACUUUAUCUUACAGAGACAACAUGAAAUUUUAAUCAGUUUUCAGUUUCAUGAUAACAGUCGUGUUAUACAGUUGUAAGUUGCACAAGAAUAACUUAAUUAUGGUUGUUUUUUUCGGGGGCCAGUAAUUCAUGUUUUAAGUUCUCCGAGCACAAAAUUCAUAAAAUGAACACAUGAUUGGAGGUUGUAUCUGUCCAUUUAUAUUUCAUCUCCAGAAUUACUGAACAGAUUUAAUUAAUUUUGAUACUGGAAGAAUAUGUUCUAACAUUUGUCACAGUUGUAGAUUUUGUUUUGUUUGGUUUAAACGCACAAUUUACCAUACAUGAAACUCACGUUUAACUUUAUCAAUCAUCUCAUAAAUGGCUUACGCUACAAAACUUUGUAUAUCACAAAACAUAGACAUCAUCAAGAUCAUUAACAUUUAUUUAAACGUUUCUUAAUAUGAAACGUAUUUAAUGAAAUAACAGGACAAACAAUUUAUAAUUUUAGUUGGUACUGUAUCUUUACAAAAAUGCAUUUGUAUCUGUAAUAUGAUGGAACCAACUGUUUCCAACAGUUAAUUAUCUUAUUAUAUUAAGUUACAGCCCUUUAAUUAAAAACUGUCCUUCUGUUAGAUGCACAUCAACUGCUAAUAUUGUUUUCAGGGACUUUGAUAUACGUAUUUGACACAAAAAUUGUUUUUCUUAAUCACAUACUAGAAUAACUGUUCUGCUAUUCAUAUACUGGAUAUUAAUUACACAAUAAAUUUACAUACAUUUUUCUCCUUUCUCUCCUCUACUACUCACCAUUGACUAAUUAUGUGUCAUCAUUCUAAAUUUACAUAUUAUAUAUACAUAUAUAUAUAUUCUGAUCUAGUACCUUGUAUGUUUUGGGUACUUUCUUCUAAUUUUAAUCUAAUUGACUUUAUUUAAUUAAAUUAUUAUUACAAAGAUACUAAUGUUUUCAGUAGCAAGUUGCCUUUGUAUAUUAACACCCUUUAAACUCAUGUAUUUUUUAUAAUCUGUUUAUUUCUCUAAUUUAUGAUCGUGUUCUUCUCUUGUGCUGUCUGGCUGUUGAUGCAGAGCACCAAUAAUAAAGAAAUGAAUUGAAAA